AUGGAGGGCGGAGCUGCGGGCCAGCACCACUUCUCGUCAAGCUGGAGCUCCGCGCCGACAUCGUCGGACAACCCCAAGCGUCUGCCUCUGCACAAAUCACCCCCACGGCCCGGCCCCCAAGGCAGAAGGACGACCAAGUGCGCGCCCGUGCAUGCCGACGCCAAGAUGGAGUCCAUGACCAGGAUCUCGAGCAUGCUGGAGACGGCCCGCGACCUGACCCUCGAAGCCGCCCGCGAUGCCAGCGCCGUCCGCCGAACCUCCGCUCGCCCGCUGCCCGCCGACCAGCUCAAGAAGCUCCUCGAUUCGCGCCAUGACCGCGAGGUGCUGGAGGGCCUGCGGCGCGUCAUAUCCAUGGCGUAUCGCAACCAGCACACGCUGCCCUUCUUCUCCGCCGUGAUCAAGAACAUUGCCUCGCCCAACAUCGAGAUCAAGAAGCUCGUCUACAUCUUCCUGCUGCACCACGCCGAAUCCGAGCCCGACACCGCCCUGCUCUCCAUCAACACCAUCCAAAAGUCCCUGUCCGACUCCAACCCGCAGGUGCGCGCCCUGGCCCUGCGCGUCAUGUCCGGCAUCCGCGUGCCCGCCAUCAGCCAGAUCGUGUCGCUUGGCAUCAAGAAGGGCGCCGGCGACAUGAGCCCCUACGUGCGCAAGGCCGCCGCCCUCGCCGUCCCCAAGUGCUACCGGCUCGAUCCCAACACGCUGCCCCAGCUGAUCGACUAUCUCUCGACCCUGCUGGGCGACAAGCAGUACUACGUCGCCGGCGCCGCCGUGUCCGCCUUUCUUGACGUGUGUCCGGACCGGAUCGACCUGAUUCACCCGCACUACAAGGGAUUGAUACGGAAGCUGGUGGACAUGGACGAAUGGGGCCAAUUGGCUACGCUGAGGCUUAUGACUAUCUACGCUCGCAAGUGCUUCCCCCGGCGGACGCGGAGGGUCAGGAAGAGCAACGGCAGCAGCAAGCCCAAGCCCACCAAGGGCUUCUACGACGACUCCAGCGACGACGAGGAAGAAGAGCCGGUGGAUCCAUCGGAAUUGGAGGAGAUCGUGGUGCUGGACGAGGAUCUGGAAUUCCUCCUCCGCUCGCUGACGCCGCUCCUCCAAUCCCGCAACUCGGCCGUCAUCGUCGCCGUCGCGCGCUGCUACCUGCACCUGGGCACCCCGACCUACCUAGACGCGGCCGUCGGCCCGCUCGUGUCCCUGCUCCGCUCGUCGCCCGACGUGCAGCUGAUCGCGCUGCACAACGCGGUGCGCGUCUGCAUGGCGCGGCCGGAGCCCUUCGUGCGCUACGCCUCGCACCUGCUGCUGCGCGGCACCGACGCGCCGCAGAUAUGGCGCCUGAAGCUCGAGAUGCUUACCUUGAUCUUCCCGUACGCGCCGCACCACCUCCAGAGCCUGAUCCUCGCGGAGCUCGCGCACUUUACGGGCGGCCACGACGCGGGGCUCGUGCGCGAGUCCGUCCGCGCCAUCGGCCGCUGCGCGCAGCGCACCCAGGACGCCCACGUCGCGGCGCGCUGCCUGCGGCUGCUGCUGUCGCAGAUAUCGUCGCCGGACGCGCGCCUGGUGGCCGAGGCGCUCGAGGUGGUGCGGCACCUGAUCCAGCGCGACCCGGAGGCGCACCGCGGCACCGUCGUGCGCCUGGCCAAGAACCUCGACACGGCGGCAAGCCCCGCGGCGCGCGCCAGCAUCAUCUGGCUGGUCGGCGAGUUCGCGGGCAUCGACCCGGCCGACAACAUGGCCGCCGACGUGCUGCGCAUCCUGGCCAAGGGCUUCGCCGGCGAGGCCGAGGAGAGCAAGCUCCAGAUCCUGCUGCUGGCCGCAAAGGUGUACCUGCAGCAUCUGCUGCUCAACCCGCCGCCCCAGCCACCAGCGGGGAAACCCACCGACGAUGACGAACAGCAGCCUGCUGCUUCCACACCGCUCGCGCUGCCCGAAGAAGAAGAAGGCGGCUUUCGCGAAUACAACAACGACUCGGCACUAGCACCACCACCACAACAACAAGCACACGACGAAGAAAGAAGGGAACAACAACCCCUCACCCACCCCAUCCCCCUCCUCUACAACCACAUCCUCCUCCUCACCCGCUACGACACGUCGUACGACCUCCGCGACCGCGCCCGCCUCUACCGCGCCCUCCUCGCCGUCCCCUCGUCGACGGAGCUCGCGUCGCUGCUCCUGCUCGCGCCCAAGCCCGUCCCGCACGCGCCCUCGCCGUCCGAGUCGCGCGCCGCCUACACGCUCGGCUCCGCCAGCCUCGUCGUCGGCGACGAGGGCGGCGUCGUCCAGGGCACCGGCCUGCGCGGCGGCGAGGCGCUGCUGCCCGACUGGGUGCGCGACGGCGACGAGCCGGACCCGAGGCUGAGGGAGGAGAAGGCUGGUGGGGGUGGUGCGGCCGAGUAUGGCGGUGGUGGUGGUGGGUAUAGCAGCAGCGAGUUCGCGGCGCCUCCGGUCAGGGCGGCGCCGGCGGGUGAGGCGUUGGAUCGGGCGGUGAAGGAUACGGGUGGAUUCGGGGCGGGAGGUGGGAUUGGAGGAGGAGGAGGGGUGGGAAAGCAGAAUGGGAUCAAGGAGAAGACGCUGGAUGACUGGCUUGCGGAGGAUGAGGACGAGGAUGAAGAAGAGGACGAGGAUGAGGAAAGCGAAGAGGAUGACGAGAGUGGAGAAGAGGAAACGGACGAGGAGGAGACAGAUGACGGAGAAGGUGGUGAAUCGGAAGAAGAAGAGACGGAGAGUGAGGACGAAGGCGAAAGAGGACGCUUGGUGAAAUGA